ACUAUUGCAAGGACUCUGAACUAGUCAAGUGUAAUUCACUUCACUUCCACCACUAGUUAAAUCUCAAUCAUUGACUGGCUGCCUCAUUGUAAAUUUCAAGAAAGCACUUGCAAACAUUUUAAAAGAAGUAAAAGAAACAGAGACCCAGAUUUAAAGCAAGCAAGCCAGUGCAUGCUUCCCUUCUUGUUCACUCCACUCUGUGUGGGUUAAUAAACAGCUUACAGAUUUCCAGACCCACCACCACUUAAAAAACAAAAAUCAAAAGUACCCCUUUAGACAUACCCUGUGAUUAAAACCUCUAUUAUUAUCUCCCUUUAAUUAUUUAUAUCUCAUCUUUCCACCCUGUAUGUCUUUUCCUUGGAUAUGUUCUUCAAGUUUCUUGAUUUUUGUAGAAUUGAAAAGGGGGUUUUGAUCCUGCAGAUGUUUUUCUACUGAUUGGUUUAUAGGUUCUUGACAGCUCAAGUUGAUGAACAAUUAGGUGUUGUUUUAGGUUACCUUUUAUAUGCAUUUUUGGUGGAGAAGAAGCAACUUUUGACUUGAUUGGAUUUGGGUUUAGGCGAUGUGUUAAGGCUCGGGUUUUAUUUGGGAACAAAGUUAAGUAUGGCUGAAAUUAGAAUUGCAAAGGUAGAGAAAGGUCAAACUAAGAUUAGAAAUGUGCCGAUUGCUGUUACACCAGAAGGCUUUUGGUGUUGUCCAGCUCCUGUUAUGUUUCAGAAGACUCACAGAACACAAAACCCUCUGAACAAGCCUAAAUCAUCCCCUCCAACACCCAAGAACCAUGUUCAGAAAGUAGAAGCAGCGGAAGCUGAGAACAAACCUUCAGUGACCCCAUCAAGAUCACUACGUGGUCCUGAUGAUCAAAGGAAACUAGGUUCUGAUCCACCUGUCGUUAGUGCAUCAGUGAUUUCUGUGAGCACACCACGACCGAAGAUUGAGAUGCCAAGGAAGGUGACUAUUGAGUUUGGAGAACCUGGCAGCAGUGAUUUGAAGGUGGUAUUACAUGGAAAACAAGGAUUUACUGUGAAGUUGAGUGUACACAAGAGUGUGCUUGUGGAGCAUAGCAGUUUCUUUGGUGAUAAAUUUACAGAGCAUCAACCUGAUUUACGCUGUCUUGAACUUGAUGACUGUGAUGAUGUUGAAAUAUAUGUGGAAACAGUAGGACUGAUGUACUGCAAAGACAUAAAGCAACGGCUGAUCAAGCAAAGUGUUGCUCGUGUAUUACGCAUCCUCAAGGUUGCAGAACAUCUCCGCUUUAAUUUGUGUAUGCAGUCAUGUUUGGAAUACUUGGAAGCUGUUCCUUGGGUUGGGGAAGAAGAAGAAGAGAAAGUUGUUUCAUCAGUCUCGCGUCUUCAUGGAGAGGGAAUUGGAAUUACCCCUGUACUGAAACGAGUUUCAUCUGUUAUCUCAAAGCCCCCAACAGACACUAUAUCUCACGUACUUGAACUUGUGCUUAAAAGUAACGAAGAAAAAGGUCGCCGUGAAAUGAAAAAUAUAGUUCUAAAGCUCCUUAGGGAGAAUAAUAAUCUUUCGAGUACUUCAAGCUCAACUGAUAUAUGCAAUGAGUCCAUCUAUAGAUCGUGCAGGAGCUGCUUGGACUCUUUGUUAUCUCUGUUUAGAAAUGCCGCUGCACCGGACUUUUCUGAUCAACCCAUAAAUGUCAAAGAACCGGUGCUAAAGCAGCUGGCCUUAGAGGCUGAUAAUCUCACGUGGUUGCUUGAUAUCCUAGCAGACAGGCAGGCGGCAGAUGAGUUCGCAAUUAUGUGGGCCAACCAGCAAGAGUUGGCAUCACUGCACACAAGGCUUCCAAUUGUCUCUCGCCAUCAUGUUAGUUGCAUUUCUGCGAGGAUGUUUGUUGGCAUUGGAAGAGGGGAGCUUUUACCAUCUAAAGACACUCGUCACUUGUUAUUACAAACUUGGCUACAGCCUUUAAUUGAUGAUUAUAGUUGGUUACAACAUGGGUGCCGAUCUUUUGAUCGAAAGGCUGUUGAAGAAGGAAUUGGUAGGACAAUUCUUACACUUCCCUUAGAAGAUCAGCAAAGCAUUUUGCUUACUUGGUUGAGCUGUUUUCUGAAGACUGGUGAUAGUUGCCCCAAUCUUCAGCGGGCUUUUGAGGUUUGGUGGCGGAGAUCCUUCAUUAGACCACACAUGGAACAUGCAAAUCUUGACCAGCCAGAGAACUCAUCUACAUAAAUAUUCGACCAGCGAUAAUAUUUGGAUAAAUUUUAGAUGAAUCUGGGCUUGAUGGUCAACACAACAUCUGUUAUGCCGUGGAAGUGGGUUGGAUUGAAUCGAAAUACUGUAGAGAUGCAAACCUGUUGGGGAUUAACUGCAAACAUAGCUCUGUAUAACUUAACCUAAACUGUGCUGUAGUUUUAUGAUAGAAUUAUGAUGUGUUGUCUCUCUCUUUUUAUUUUCAAAAAAUAUUAUUUAUGUUGAUUCUAGUAGUUGUGCAGCGUACUAAUCUACCAUGACAGACAUGAUAGUUAUGGUAGAUAGAUUCUGCAGACAUGAGUUGUACUUGACUUUCCAAUCCAGCUGCUAAUUGUGGUCAGAUUGAUUUACUCAUAA